GUGUAAAACUCCAGGGCUUUACUUCGAAAACUUACCUUCAACUUCUGUGAUUAUUUGUUUCCACAACGAAGCAUGGUCAGUUUUACUUAGAACAGUUCACUCGGUGCUAGAUAGAUCUCCCGAACAUCUCAUCAAAGAAGUUCUUCUAGUGGAUGAUUUUUCAGAUAUGCCUCAUACCAAAGAGCAAUUGGAAGAAUAUUGGAUGAAAGAACCAAAAGUGAAAAUUAUCAGGGCUAAAAAGAGAGAAGGAUUAAUAAGAGCUCGACUGCUUGGGGCAGCUCAUGCAACUGGCGAAGUUCUCACCUAUCUUGACUCCCACUGUGAGUGCGCUGCUGGAUGGCUGGAACCUCUUCUGGAUAGGAUAGCUCGCAACAGUACUACUGUUGUAUGUCCCGUCAUCGACGUUAUAGAUGACACAACCAUGGAGUUCCACUAUCAUGACAGCAGUGGUGUAAAUGUAGGUGGAUUUGAUUGGAACUUACAAUUUAACUGGCACGCUGUACCCGAACAUGAAAAAAAGAGGCACAAAAAUUCUGCUGAACCAGUGUGGAGUCCGACAAUGGCUGGAGGAUUGUUCAGUAUAGACAAGAUGUUUUUUGAGAAAUUAGGGACCUAUGAUGAAGGGUUUGACAUCUGGGGUGGAGAAAAUCUGGAGCUUUCUUUUAAGACUUGGAUGUGUGGUGGCACACUUGAAAUUGUUCCCUGUUCCCAUGUAGGUCACAUUUUCAGAUGGAUGGAUGUACGAAACUUUGGAUAUGGUGGAAAAACUUGUCUAGAUUCGGCAGCUAGAAAAAGCGAUAUGCAUAAACCAGUGGGAUUGUAUCCAUGUCAUCGCCAGGGUGGCAAUCAGUUCUGGAUGUACAGCAAAGCUGGGGAAAUCCGCAGGGAUGAAGCAUGUUUGGAUUACAGUGGACAAGAAGUUAUCCUAUAUCCGUGUCAUGGAAGUAAAGGCAAUCAAUUUUGGGAGUAUGAUAGUGAGCUGAAAGUGCUUCGUCAUGGCAGUAGCGGAAAAUGUUUAGCUAUCAACAAUUUGAAAAAUAAACUAUUAAUGGAAAAAUGUAAUGGUGACUCCCAAAUACAAAGGUGGUCAUUGGAAAAUUACGAUCCAUCAAAGUUGUGAUUUAUAGUUAAAAGUUUAACAACCAUCAUUGUUUUGAAAAGAUGUUGAAUUUUUUAAUAUAUAUAUGUAUCAAACUCAGUGA